AGUUGCUUUUAGCACUGUACGAGAAGAACGCACAUAAUAAGCCAGCCGACGUUCUUGCCAGUGUUUUUUAAAGCAGUUAUUAAAGGAUUAUGACAAACAAGAGGCUUGCUAAACUGAACAGCAACUCUGCGAAGAUUACGAAGCCUAAUAUAAUACGCGUUUUUGUGCUACAGCAAAGGUGUUUGUUUCGUCUUGCUUUUUAACUAUUUAUACUUAUCAUUAUUGUAUCAUUGAAUGAUUAUCUAUAUUUAAAGGCCUAAGCCAUACUGCAAAGUGAAGUAAUUAGUGAGACUACAACCGAGCUAUAUAUCAUAUGAUGGAAAAAAAUAUCAGAAUAUUUUAGUGGCUGUAAUAGCUGUUUUGUAUAUUUCGUUCUACUCAAUUUCCAUGAAAAAUUUUCAUCAAUUUGUAUUCUAUUCUUUUAUUGGUUUGCUAACGCAUUUUUGCCGCUGGCGUCCAGCUGUAUUAGGCAUCUAAAAUGUCAGCAAAACUCUUUGACGGGGCUACAGCGUUUCGUUACCGUGAUGCGCAAUAAUUAACCUAGAAUUUAAAAUUUCGCUGGGUUUACUGACGGCUGCCCAAUAGACGAAAUUAUAUUACAGUAAGAUAUUAUAGAGUGAUAAUAUAUGGGCAGUCAAUAGCGUGACAAUUUUGCAGUCAACAUUUGAUAACCGAUUUUGCUUUUAAUUUAUUUUUGUUGUACGCCUGCAGUGAAGAAGAGGGCAGACGCUAUUUAAUGUUGGAGCAAGAAGAAAACGGUCAGGAAGUCGAAAAAACUAUAGUAUAUUCCCCGACUAGCAGUGAGUCCGUUAUAAAUUGCAAUCCAGACACCCCGCCCACGAGCCCAGAGAUGGCGCCUCAAGAUAGCUCUCCCCAUUUCGACCUGAAAGUGCAUAAUUUAGGAUUAAACGAUUUAGAAGAGCAAUUUGCCGAUCAGUACUUGAAUGAAGCUGGCUUUGAAACUUCUGAAAGUAAUUCGCCCAUUCUUUUGAGAGAUGCCCAGGUUGGAAGUGAACUACCUCCUAUAGAAACUCCUAUUCUGGCACUAUCAGCCAGGAAAGAAAGAGGCUCCGUUUUAAAGACACUCCUAACGACAAAUCAAAAGUUUUCCCCCAAUCAAGGCUCUGAUUGCGUUCCAGAGAGUGGUCCACCCACAUGUAGUGAACCAUUACCAAACCUUAUCCAAACUCCAACUACUACAUCGUCAUCCUUGUUAAAAGACCUCUUAACUGGAGCUUCAACCUCUUCUGAUUACACAGCCUCUACGACUAAAAUCAACGAACUUGAUAUGGAUUUUCUGACAGAUAUACCACCGCUCUCUGGCGAUAUUGAUGUAAGAGAUUGA